AAUGGGGGUACUUCUUCUUGAGGAUUAUCUUUUUGGAUGGGCCCACAACGAAGUUACUCAAUGUGUCCCAAACAUGAUGCGACUUAGUAAUUGCCUUUGAUAAUCACAGAGUUUGCCCGAAUUUUUGGUUGUUGUAUGUCGAGGGCUAUAUUGAAUGAACAUAGUGUAGCAUCUUUAAAUCUGAAAUUUGAUUUCCGCUUAGUUCAAUAGUUGUCACUAAAAACAUAUUUAAACAAUUAUCAUUUUUGCCAGACAAUUCCUAAAAACUACAUUGAUUAAAAUAUUCCGUGGACAGACGGAACCACGAGCGGAAUCAUGAGCAUAUCACCAAAUUUUUAUGUUUUGUAAACAACUGAACAACAAUACGAUUACCUAAAACCGGUGGACUAUCAUCCAUAUUUGGCAACAUGACACAUUUUAUUCGCCAGUGAAUUGUGGUAGUGAUUUAUGCCGAUCCGGGGAUUAACAUUUCAAAAGAGUUCUUUCAGAAAGAUUGGGGCUUGGGCACUUCGAUUUAACCCCGAUGAAAAAACUUUAAUUGUGUGUGUGUGUGUGUGUGUGUUUUUUCUCAUACCGCACUAACGUUCACACAUGUAGGCUUCAAACAUAUUCAUUUGUUACCACUACCAUUUGAACGACCAUAGGCAAAUGCUCUUUUGGCUACAUGCCAAUCACGCUCAAAUAAACGACACGAUGAUUUUAUCUCUUCAUAUCUCGUGAUUCCUGAAGAAGACCAACAAAUGCCCCGAGCAGAAAGUCGUUUAGUAUUGCUCGAAUUUUCAGACACACAAAUGUACAUAGGCAGUGUGAUCUUGGUGUCGGUAGUUGGCAUAAAUAAAAGUAAAAGAAAGUAUUCUAUACGUUGAUAUGUUUGUUUUAAGUGUCCAAAGAGGGAAAUUAUAUUUGAAAAUAUCAAGACAAUGUAAUCUGUCGAAAACGAACUGUACUCUAUUUUCGAAACUAUUGUUCCAUCUGUUGUCGUCGAACAGCGAAUCGGAUCGAACACUGAAUCGCUAUAUUUACAUUCUACGUUCCCAACACUACUCUGACAAUGUCCAGAGUGACACGUUUGGGGAUGCAGCGGCCGUCACAACGUUCGGCAAGGUCGAUGCGACGGUCAGUGCGGUAGAAGCGGUAAAGGACGAGGUGGUUUCACCGACAUGUGUACCGACCCUGCGGGCAUUCAGUGUGCUCGUGAAGCAUGACCUCGAACCCAAUGAGUAUGUGGGCUUGACGGGAGAUAACAAGGCUCUGGGCGAAUGGCAACUGGAAGGGGCCAUUGCCCUGGAGCGGAAGAACGGCACCAUAGAAUGGACCACCAAGGUUCUACUGCAGGCAUGCCGCAACUUCCAUUAUCGCUACUUUACCUUUGUCGAGGACAAGAGCGGGCAGAGGCAUAUUCGGCUGUGGGAGAGCCAUUUGAAGCCACGUAUUCUUGGCGGAUGUGUGGCCCAUUGCCCCCAAAUGGACGUGUUCGGUCAGCAGGAAAAUGGAGACGUGCAAUUAAAUAGAGGCUGGAUAACGAAUGAGGUUGUCUAUCAAUUCAAAUUUGAGCGAGAACACAUGUUCCAAGUCCACGACAUUGAAAAGUUCGAUCCGGAAAAUGUGUUGAUCAAGUUGCUACCAUUGGAAGAGGACCACCAAACCGCGUUGGACAUCCAGGCGGCUGGGGUAAACAUUGAAGUGGUCAAAAUGAACAACGGCGCGAGUCGCUUGCAGAAGCAAAAUUCAUUGGGCGUGGCGCACAAGCGAAACGAGGUUGUCAUUUUCCAUGUGACAGUUCCUAAGACUAUUAAUCCGGCAUAUGAAUUACAAUUCCACUCUGCCGACGGCAAGUCCAUGGGCAGUGCUGUUAUAGACCCAUCUCAGUUGCGGGGCAGUGAAGGAGAAAUAGAACUCAGUAUUACGAUGGCGACGCCAAAAGGCGAAUCUCCGGUGAUUGCGAGAUUGAAAUUGCCAUAUUUGGUUGUGAAACCAUUCAGCGAUGUCGGUAUUUUAGAUUUCCGCACAACCUAUGCACACUACUGGCCAAGGAGCUGGCCCAUUUUGGACGUCGGACACAGAGGAAAUGGAAAAAGCUACAUAGCUAAUCCGCCAGUAGAACUAGAGAAUACGGUGGCGUCAUUCCUAAAAGCCUACGAAGUGUUUGCGGACAUGGUCGAAUUGGAUGUCCAUUUGACUGCGGACGGAGUACCUGUGAUAUAUCAUGAUUUUGGGCUACGAACGGCUCCUCAGGGCAAAAAAGUCACGGAUGUGACCCAGCUAGAGUAUGUUUUAAUAAAAGACGUCACAUAUGCCGAGCUAUGUGCCCUGCGAGUUUUUGCCGUUAUUAACAACGAGAUUAAAGAAUAUCCCUCCCACAACUCGGAGCCAAUAGUAGAGCGUCGUAUAUUCCCCCGCUUGGUCGACGUCUUGCAAGCAUUACCCAAAACUCUGGGCAUCGAUGUCGAAAUCAAGUGGCCUCAGCGAAGGAAAUGUGGCGGCGUCGAGGCAGAACAGACCCUCGACAAAAACUUUUUCGUAGAUCGGGUCCUCGAAACGAUAAUUCACAAAGGCUGCGGCAGGCCAUUGAUAUUCUCCAGCUUCGAUGCUGACAUCUGCACCAUGCUGCGCUUCAAGCAAAACAUUUUCCCCGUUAUGUUCCUCUCAAUGGGCGAGACCAAGAAAUGGGAACCUUUCCUCGAUCUCCGCACAAGGACAUUUCAGCAGGCCAUCAACAACGCCCAGGCAUUUGAGUUGGCUGGUACAGCUCCCCAUGCCGAAGAUUUUAUUGACAAUGAAAACGCCGCUGCGAUGAUGUCAAAGGCCCGUUCCUUGGGCCAAAUAGCCCUGGUGUGGGGCGAUGACUGCAAUUCCAAAGAGGCCGUUAAAUACUUCCAGAAAAUAGGCGCUACCGCUACCUGUUACGAUCGCAGUGACCUCUACAUGCCGGAGAACAAAAGCCGAUCUUUCUUCAAUUCCAGCCUCUCGCUUGAUGAGUUCCAAGGCCAGUGCCGUCAGUAGACAACGCGAUCUACCGACACCCAACUACCAAUCCUUCCAAAUACCCCCUUUUCAGCAUCUUAGAAAUUAGAUUAUCUAUUUUUGUAAGCCUUUUAUGCACCGACGUAAGUAUGUAAGUAUUGUUAAUAAAAAGUAUCGGACAAGCCGCGGUGUAGUGGUGUGCGGCAGACAGUGAGUGCUUGUUACGUUUUUUUGUUUUCUUAAAAAGUAAAAAAUUAAAUAAAUGAAUAACAAUAAAAUUGAUUGCA